CUUAUGAUUACUCAUAAAAAUAAUAAACAGAUUAAUGCUUAUAUAGUCAUCAGUUGCAGCCCAAGUUGCAGAUACUUAACUUCUUUAAUCUUUACAAGAGGUAAACACAUUCCUGUUUGAUCACUAAAUAUGAGAAAACUCUCUAAAAUACGUGGUUUCCAAAAAGAUCGCAAGUUGCAGCCUUAGCGCUAUUCUUGAUCAGGCAGGUGGAACAGGGUUAUGUGACUACAUGAUAGGGUUGGGCAAUAUGUUAAAAUUUUCCAUCCGGCUACUGUCAGUCCAACAGCCAGCGUUUGCCGGGAUAUCUGUGCAGGUGUGUGUGCUGCUGCUGUUUGAAAACACGUGCCUUCACCCUAUCCUCUGUUAUUCGUGGACUUUGAUGUGAAAAUCUAAUUUUACAGAAACAUUGCAGUCUUUUGCCUGCUCUUUUUUAAUUAUACAACAAUCACUCUGAGAUCUUUGAUAAGCAAUAAGCUGUAAAGACGGGCUGAGCGGCUGUCUGACACUGAAUGAGUCAGAUGAAGGAAGCGUCCGCCUGCAGCUUCCAGAUGAACAAACAGGACCAGGAUCAGUUGGACAGCACAGAGCGAGAGCAGAGUGAGUGAGCUAUAGAGUGAAUGAAGAGAGUGCGGACUAGGAUGGUAAGCAGCCAGCCGAAAUACGAGCUGAUCCAGGAGGUGGGGCGUGGCAGUUACGGCGUGGUCUAUGAGGCAGCAGUGAAGCGCACAGGGGCCCGGGUGGCGGUGAAGAAGAUCCGCUGCCACUCUCCAGAGAAUGUGGAGCUGGCCCUGCGGGAGUUCUGGGCGCUCAGCAGCAUCCAAAGCCAGCACCCAAACGUCAUCCACCUGGAGGAGUGUAUCCUGCAGCGGGACCAGCUGGCCCAGAGGAUGAACCAUGGAUCCAGCUCGCCGCUCUACCUGGAGGUGAGGACAAAGAAUUCACAGGAGCAGGGCUGGUGGCAGUACACUGUGGUUUAACACUAAUUCUGUACUCAUACGGUAAGGAUGGCAGACACAGACUUGAAAAUACUGUUAUCACGGCUCAGCUUUCAGCAUAUAAGUUGAUGCUGAUUACAUGAUUUAUGAGG